UUCCUCCUCAGGGUUUCUCGUUCUCCAAACAGUAAAUUCAUGAUGGAGCAAGGAGGAGAGGAACAAGAAAAUUCGUCCACUUUAGUUGACAAAAGCUUUCCUCUUUUCUCCAAACCCCGAAGACCCAAAGCCACUGAAACCCCUAAACCCUCCCUGAAACAUGAUUCCCAUACUCCCCAAUUAGAAAAGUUUUCCUCCUCAACUUCCGCCGCCGCGUCUACUUCUGCUUUCUCCGACCUGGGCCUAGCAGAAUGGGCCAUCCAGACAUGCAAAGAACUUGGGAUGAGAGAGCCAACGCCGGUUCAGUCCCAUUGCAUACCUAAAAUACUUGCUGGUCGUGACGUGCUAGGGAUAGCUCAGACGGGAAGUGGGAAAACGGCGGCGUUUGCUCUGCCAAUAUUGAACCGUUUAGCGGAGGAUCCGUAUGGGGUUUUUUCGCUGGUGAUUACUCCGACGAGGGAGCUUGCUUUUCAGUUGGCAGAGCAGUUUAGAGCUUUGGGGUCUUGUUUGCAUCUGCGGUGUUCGGUUGUGGUGGGUGGAAUGGAUAUGAUUACACAGGCGAAAGCCUUGGUCUCGAGGCCGCAUGUGGUCGUGGCUACACCUGGAAGAGUCAAAGUUCUGCUUGAAGAGAAUCCUGAUAUUCCUAAAGUCUUUCAAAGAACUAAGUUUUUAGUCUUGGACGAAGCAGAUAGAGUAUUGGAUGCUGGCUUUGAGGAGGAACUAAGAGUGGUUUUCCAAUGCUUGCCAAAGAAUCGACAAACUUUGUUAUUUUCUGCAACAAUGACCAGUGAACUGCAAACAUUGCUUGAGCUUUCUGCCAACAAGGCCUACUUCUAUGAGGCUUAUGAAGGCUUCAGGACAGUUGAAACACUUAAGCAGCAGUAUGUUUUCAUCCCUAAGACUGUGAAGGAUGCUUAUCUUGUUCACAUUUUGUCUAAAAUGGAAGACAUGAAUAUCCGCUCCGCUAUGAUAUUUGCCUCAAGAUGCAGAGAUUGUCAUCUUUUAAGUUUAUUGUUAGAAGAGCUUGAAGUGGAGGCUGCAGCUCUGCAUUCAUUAAAAUCACAGGCUCUAAGACUUUCAGCAGUGCAGCAUUUUAAAUCGGGAAGGGUUUCUAUACUGCUUGCUACUGAUGUUGCUAGUCGCGGUUUAGACAUUCCUACUGUUGAUCUUGUCAUCAAUUAUGAUCUUCCAAGGUAUCCUAGGGAUUAUGUUCAUCGUGUGGGGCGAACUGCAAGGGCUGGUAGAGGAGGAUUGGCUGUGAGCUUUGUUACUGAGAAUGAUGUGGAUCUUGUUCAUGAAAUAGAAGCAGAACUAGGAAAACAGUUGGAAGAAUUUGAAUGCAAAGAGAAUGAAGUCCUGUCUGAUUUCACAAAGGUAUUGAAAGCUAAACGUGUGGCCAGGAUGAAGAUGAUGGACGAUGGGUUUGAGGAGAAAGUGAAAGAACGUAAAAAGCAGAAACUGAAAACACUAGCAGAGAAAGGGUUGUUGAAGAAAAGGAGUAAGAAAAGAAAGCGUGAAAAAUCAGGUGCUAAGAUUAGUGAUUGAGUGAUUAAAGUGCAUCUUAACAGUGAACACAACCCUUACCAUCUCCACUGCAACAGUGGAAGCUCCAUUUUGUACAAGGAGCAACUUGCUUCUGUUUUUCUUUCUUUCUUUAGAAUGGCUAUCAUCUGAUAUGUUUCUGAGGCUGACUGAACUAUAUUUUGAAUCAUUCUCUUAUUUAUUAAAGUAGUAGUAUUUUUCAA